GCGACGCAGAUAACCCAUAAAUGCGAACCGCUUAAGGAUGCAGUUGCGAAUCACAAAUUCGUGACAAAGCUUAUUGAUUCUAUACGCGUCGGCAAUGGGACAAAUAGUGCCGCUUACGAUAUACAACGUAACAUAGUUGGCCCAAGCACGACAAAGUUACCGUAUCAUCGUUACAAAAAAUUGAUGAAAUACCAAGCGGGGAAAGUCAAUCCCAAGGCACCCACGAGCUUGGAGGAGCUCUCCACAACUCUGGAAGAAGAGCGGUGGAAGAAAUUGUCGGAGUACAGCGGUAACCGUUCCGGACGAUUAGAGUCGAAGCUCAUCCGCGCUGCAAAUUCGGAUUCAACCACGAGUGAUAACGUAGUAUUCGCAGAUAAGGACUUCAUCGAGCUGGUGUUGAGAUGAGUUCAGAACGGGACUUUGGAAGGAUUCUGCGACGCCACUUUUAAGACGGUGCCAAGACGGAGCGGCGCAACGCAGCUAUUGGUAUUUCAGGUUGGACGAUUCAACCAUAGCGUAAUUCUUUUUUACGCUUUAAUGGAAAAGAAGACCACCGAAGCCUACGAAGCAAUCCUGAACUACGUAUUUUCGGAACUAGCCUGCGAUUUACGGGACAAACUCGGAAAAAUCCACUGCGAUUUCGAAAAGGCGGAGCAAAAUGCCUUUCGUAAGUUGCUGCCCCGAGUGAAGAUAGUCCCUUGUCUGUUCCACUUUGCCCAAGCCGUGUGGAGACAAUCUAAGAAAAAGGGAGUUUUCCACGGAUUGAGGAAAAAUAAAAAUUUGUCUCCUGAGGAAGAGCAAUUGAGACAGGAGCUGAAGGAGAUCAUUACAUUUUUUACUAAGUUACCUCAUCUACCCUCAGAAAUGAUCACGCAAGAUUUAAUUAUCUCAAUCGUGAAGUCGGCAAGUGAUGAGGCAUCAGCGAGGCUGAAGAGUUUCCGAGACUAUUUCGACAUCCAAUGGAUGAAAGACCCUUCAAUAUGGUCAGUCCAUGGGCAAUCGCACCGCACAAACAAUUUUGCGGAAUCCCGUAAUCGGGAUCUCAACGGAGCUAUAAAGAGCAAUCCCACACCUUGGCAAUUUAUCAGAAGUAUUGCCAUCUUCCAGACUGGCGUUAUGAAUGCUUUUGAUGAUAGGGUUGAACUCCCGAAGUGGCAUAAGGUUAAAGAUCCAGUGGAGAAUGCCAUAAAGUGGUUCAAUAAUGGGGGGCUACCACAACCGAUGGAUUUCCUAAGUGUGCUUGUUCAUGGCGAUAGUUUCAAACGAGACUACCAAUUUCAGCAGUUCGUGGUAGCAAAAGAUGAAUUAACAGACUCCUCGGACUCUGAUAGCAUGGAAGCGGUAGGCACACACUCCCCAGUUCUUUUCACUAAUGACGUCCGCAGAGGAUUGAUAAAUCAACCAGCAGUGAGGAUGCAAAGCAUUUUAAAGCCGAGAAUUUUGCAACACGUUAAUUGCCCACUGGCAAUUUCUUUGUACAUGACUUUAUUUGAUUUCCCAAUAACGAUUGAAAAUGCUCUGUAAAUUUUUGAAGGUAUGUUGAUAAGGAACAUGAACGCAUAGAGUCAUGUCAAAUGUAAUGGUAUAAGCAAUUACUUAUAACAUUGAAUAUUGUGGCUUUGAAAUUAUGAGCGUAAUGAUCAUAAUGUUCAAUUCAGCUGUUCUCACAGCAAUUAAACGCGUUGACGCUAAAAUUAUUUUUUUCUUGUUACGUUAGGAGUAAUUUGUUGAAUAAAAUCUGAGGUUGAAGUGGUAGAAAUGAUUAGGUCGAUGUAUCUCUUUCAUUGGUAAUGAGACGAUCUUGGAUAUGCCUGAUUAUUAAAGAAAUUGUCAAAAGACUGGUGUUUUUUUUUCUAUACCACCGUCAAAUCCAUGAAUAAUUGCAUAAUUCAUAAAGAUUUUAUAUUUUAAUUAAUUGGUUUCACCACUUCAUCGUUAAAUUUAUCAAAUUCUAAAUGUCAUUCAAGAAAUGAGCGAAAAGAUGAGUAAUCAUGUUCUAAAAACAAUAAAUUGACAUUAAUUUCUGAUGUUUAAAAUUGCAAAUGUACUAAUAAGCACCAUGUAAUUGCAAACGAUACAUUUGUCCAACCCUUUAGCUCCAAGAGAAAUAUGAUCAAAAGCUAAUCAAAUGAUACGUUUCUUAAUGUUUUUUUCUUACAAACACUUGUAGUUCUAUUUAAUUAAUUAAACUCAUUUACGAUUGAUUCAUAAAUAAUAACACGUACUCCAAUGCCAGUGACAUUACUUCAUAUUCAUAGAAUUAAAACAGAUCAGAACAAUCUUUGAUACGAGACGAAGUAAUCAUCAUUAUAGUUUUGAAGUAGUAAAGAUCUGUUAGGUUGGAAGACAAUUCGAUAGAUUUUCCCUCUCAGCGAUUUUCUCCAAAAUUCGUUUUUAUUCGCCAUUCAAUACAUUUCACAUAUUUACAUUCAUAUUAAUUAUUCAUGGACGGAGCAGGAAAUGCGUAUGUUGCUUAUAAUGCCACUGGGCGAACCUCACAUGUUUUCCUGGAGACAUGGAUGCAAUUUUAUUCAUCAAAACUGUAGUUUUAACUGUUUAAUAAUACAAAAAAAAAAAUUAAUAUACAAGUCCCUAUUCCUUUCAAUUUUUUGAAAAUUGAAAAACGAAAGUAAGGAGUAAUAACGACCAUCGUAUAGGCAUAAUUAAAUUUCCAAAUCAAAUACAGUGCUUUGGCAGAGUGGUUAAAAAAAAAAAUAAGUAAGUGGAUAAUAUCAUGGGCAUCAUA